AUGAAAAGGACGAGGCUUUGGGACCGUGCCGAUUAUCCCCGUAAAACUCAGUCAUCCGCUACUCAAGGUGCUGCCAGCAUUGAACACUACACUAGCUUGAUCAUCGCCAGGGUUAACAAGAACCGCGCAGGCUGUUGGGAGACUCAGACAGGGUGCAAAGAGUACGCGAUUACAACCUGCUUCAUGCUUCCUGACAGUCGAGGGCGACGGCUGCGGAAGAUUGACAGAAAGACGACGAAAAUACCAAAAGAGCAAGAGGUAGUUGAUGAGGCCAUAAAGUACCAACUCGACAUUGUUGCACUCUCGUCAAUGAAGCACCAAGGCUCUGGACUCCUGAACCUCAACGGAUGGAAGCUGUUCUACUCAAUGGUCGAUAUGACGAUGCGCGCUGGGGCCGCUGUUGGUAUUCUGGUAGAACCUAACUGA